UGCUCUCGUUGCAGUACGUCGGAUGCCUGGAAGUAAAGACGUCCAUGAAAAGUCUGGAUUUUGAGACGAGGACGCAAGUAGCUAAGGAGUCAAUAACGCGAGUGUGCGAGGCCGCGCGCCUGAAGACUCCAGACAAGAAGCGAAAGACGGACAAGCGCAUAUGCAAGAUGCUGGGCGAUCGGCCGAACAUGCAGCACGCCGGCUCGAACAUCAACUUCACCGUGAGCACGGACAACCUGAGCCUCGUCAUCAUGGAGUCUGGCGAGAUCAUUGCUACGCACCAGAUGCAGGGCAUAUCAUUUGCCUCGGGAGGAGAUCCGGAGACACUGGACUUUGUCGCGUACGUGGCGAAGGAUGCGACGGGGCGUGCGUGUUACGUGCUGGAGUGCGGCGGCGGGCUCGCCCAGGACGUCAUCACCACCAUCGGUCAGGCGUUCGAACUGCGCUUCAAGGAGUAUCUGAAGAAAGCGCCGAAACCAGCAUCCCUCGUCAGCAGGGCUGAGGAACUCUUGCCAGAGCGACCGGCAGCAUGGGGCGACGACCCGGAGUAUUACAACGACCUGCCUGGCAAGCAGCCACCUCCUCUGCCCCCACUGCCGCGCAGUCUUAGCCAGCCGACUCGACAUGAUGACGACGCAGCGGCGUGCAAUCACCUCUUCACGACACAGGUCUCCGAGGCAGCUAUCCCACCAUCGAGACAUGGCGCAGCCGACGCCUUCUCUGGCGCACCCUACACUCGCAGAGCGUGUGACAAGCAGCCGGUGUUGCCACCAGAGGGCGUGCCACCUCAGCCUCCGUCGCGUGACGAUUCCAACGGAUGCAUACCACUGGAGCAGGAGCAUUGGUUUCACAGCACGCUGACUCGCAGAGAGGCGGAGCAGCUUGUGAAGCGGGAUGGAGACUUCCUGGUGCGGGAAAGCUCCCAGAGUCCCGGCCAGUACGUGCUCACAGGCAUGCAGGGAUCACACGUGAAGCAUCUGUUGCUCGUUGACCCUGAAGGGGUGGUGCGCACGAAGGACCGCGUGUUUGAGAGCGUUGGCCACCUGAUAGAGUAUCACCGACAGAACGGUCUGCCCAUCACGUCAGCCGAAAGCUCGAUCGUUCUGCUGUCACCCGUGUAGCCGCGCGCACCAAUCUAAGCACCCCCGCUGCGGCUGCUGUUGCGCGCCAGCAUUUCUGGAUAGCAGCGGCGAGCACUCGUCCUAUUCAUCACGUGUUGAUCAUGUGACUGCCCGGUUUUGGACAGCGUCGGAGGGGGUGCAGUUAUGUUGGCGGCGAUUGUUAGGAAAUGUCGUCAGCGUACGUGUCACGCCGACAUGUGAGUGCGCGUUUGUUUAGGAACAAAGCUGAUACGCAAGUGCCUUGUGUAGUGAGGAAGAAGUCGUAUGUAGUAGGUGUGAGAGUGACGUCGAGAUGUCUUAUAUACGUUGCCAAUGUCUGGCUCGGCACAUGUGCUCUCGCAUUCAUAUCAUUUUUGGCCGAGAGUGGCGCUGUUCUGCUAUGUUGCACUCGUGCAGCAUUAGUGCUGAGGUUUUACCGAGGUUAGAAUAGCGACGGGCCUGCAGAGGGAGCCUGCGUCACUAGAUUCUCCUGCAGGCCUGCCUCCGUCGCCGCGGUAACGCUCGCAGGGAAAUCAUCCCACGCUCACUUGUUGCUUGUCAUUUUCUCGCCGUACGUCAUUAAUCGUUGCCUAGGACAUCGACGAUUGUAACGUUGCCACUGUGGCAGGGGGCGGGCGACGGGUAGUUUUCAUGAGAGUUUUUCAAGGCAGACGCCUCAUCUCUCUGCCUCGUGCGCUCGUGGCGCGUGAAACCCGCUUAACUCUGCGUCAACGCCCAAUCGACAGAUGUUCGGGGAUUUUCUUUCGCUGGCGAGGCUCCUGUUUACCGGCGUCGCCGAGUAGGCGUUACGAGCUAACGUAGCUAGGUGUACAUACAUAAAUAAAUAUAUAUUUAUGCCUUCUACAGUCGCGGUUGUGUGUGUGCCAUACCGAUGAUAUGUGUUGCCGUUGUGAAGGUGUUACGAGCACGAGAUGUGUAGUCACUAUAGUGAAUUGGGCUGAGCUCAAACUUUUAAUUAGAACGAAUCGAGAUGUUGUUUAAUAAGAGAUAUUUUUUAACGCA